UAGCUUUCCUAUCCACCCAACUACCUCUUGUCCCUACCUACCUUUUCUCCGCUUCUCUGCAAUGCGAAGGUGCCAAGACUGAUAGAUAGCCACAACUAUAGAUACACACUUGUGUGUACACAAUAGAGUCAUAGAGACCCACCGUGAACCCGAAGAAGAAGAAGAACAAAUACAGCAAUGGAGUCAACACUGCUGUCUGUUGGAGCUUCCACGACCAUGUCGAUUUUGUCCCUCUCCAAGUCCCUCAAUUCCCAUUCCACCCCUAUCAUCGUCCAGCUCCGCCGCCUAUCCACCGCCCGCCCCUCUCAGCUCGCCUACCUCAGCCUCACCCGCGGCGCCCAGUCGAGCAGGCUCGGUCCGCGCCCUUUGGCCCGGGGAUUGUUCUCUCCAGACUUUCCCCGGAGCCGAUUGCAGUUUGCCGCGAGGGCCGCGGCGUCGUAUUCCGCCGGCGGAGGGGGGUUUGGUGGCAUUGAUGGUGGUGGAUCAGGCGGUGGCGGAGAUGGUGCGGGUGAAGGUGGAGAUGCUAGGCCGAGUGCCGUGGCUCCUGGGUCCGCGGAUGCUUCUGCUCAAAGCUCUGGUGUUAUCAUUCUUGACGUUGGGGGAAUGACGUGUGGGGGUUGCGCUGCAAGUGUGAAGAGGAUUUUGGAGAGUCAAUUUAUAUUAUACGAACAGCCUCAGGUUUCUUCAGCAAGUGUAAAUCUUACAACCGAGACAGCAAUUGUAUGGCCUGUAUCUGAAGCCAGAGUUGUACCAAACUGGAGGAAGGAUAUAGGUGAGGCUCUGGCGAAGCACUUGACUAGUUGCGGUUUCACAUCUAAUCUUAGAGCACUACAGUAUUGUAUACUUGAGCACCUUUAUGUUCCAUCCUUGAAAAUGAGGGAGCCACAGAUGGGGAUAUUCAGUUGUAGGAUGCAAUGGAUUCUUGUGACAACUCUUCAUGAAUCCUCAUUCUUUUCAGAUUUAAGGAGGGUGAACUUCUAUGAGACCUUUGAGAAGAAAAUAAAUGAGAAACGUGCUCUGUUGAGAGAAAGCGGACGUGGACUUGUUGUUUCAUGGGCUCUGUGUGCUGUGUGCAUUGUCGGCCAUCUAUCUCAUUUUUUUGGAGCCAAGGCUGCAUGGAUCCAUGCAUUGCAUUCCACAGGAUUCCACAUGUCUUUGUCCCUUUUUACGUUGUUAGGUCCUGGCCGUCAACUUAUAAUGGACGGUCUUAAAAGUCUUCUUAGAGGGUCCCCUAACAUGAAUACACUAGUUGGUCUUGGGGCUUUAUCAUCCUUUGCUGUCAGUUCCUUGGCAGCCUUUAUCCCUAAACUGGGAUGGAGAACUUUCUUUGAAGAACCAGUUAUGUUGAUAGCAUUCGUCUUACUUGGGAAAAACCUUGAACAGAGGGCCAAGAUAAGAGCAACGAGUGAUAUGACUGGUCUUCUAAGUAUUUUGCCAUCUAAAGCUCGUCUUCUGAUUAAUGGCAAUGCAGAAGACUCGAGCUCAAGUGUCGAAGUGCCUUCUCACAGCCUUUCUGUGGGAGAUCAAAUCAUUGUGUUGCCUGGUGAUCGUAUUCCAGCUGAUGGAGUUGUUAGGGCAGGCAGAAGCAGCGUCGAUGAGUCAAGUUUUACUGGAGAGCCUCUACCUGUCACUAAAUUACCGGGGGCUGACGUGGCAGCUGGAAGCAUAAACCUGAACGGGAAAAUUACAAUAGAGGUUAGGAGACCAGGUGGCGAGACUGCAAUCGGAGACAUAGUCCGGCUGGUUGAAGAAGCACAAACUAGAGAAGCUCCUGUUCAACGGUUAGCUGAUAAGGUUGCUGGACACUUUACAUAUGGAGUAAUGGCACUUUCUGCCGCCACAUUUAUGUUCUGGAAUCUUUAUGGUUCACACAUUCUUCCAGCUGCUCUUUACCAAGGAAGUUCCAUGUCACUGGCAUUACAGCUUUCGUGUAGUGUUCUGGUUGUUGCAUGUCCAUGUGCACUCGGGCUAGCAACACCGACAGCUGUGCUGGUAGGAACUUCACUUGGUGCGAAAAGAGGACUACUAUUGCGUGGUGGAAGUAUAUUGGAAAAAUUUUCAGCAGUCAAUACCAUUGUUUUCGACAAAACGGGCACGUUAACGAUGGGAAAGCCUACUGUGACAAAAGUAGUGAUACAAGGCCACCAGGAAGAUACAAAUUCAGAGUUGAGUACGGAAUUACGCUGUUUGAUUAUACAGACGGCUACGGAUUUUCUCGAACGCUUACUAGAUCUUGCCUCCUCCGGUGAUAACUCCUCUCGAAUUUUGGCGGCGGCGCAAUGUAGAACGAGUGGCCGAGUUGGAUUUUCUCCGAGAGAUGUUGUACUAUGUGAGAAAAAGAGAGAGAAGGUUGAAACGGCAAUAGAAGCUGUGCCGAUUGCAGGGGAGAGGACAUGUACCAAAGACAUACCAGAUUCGAAGUCGACUCAUAAGUGGUCUGAAGUUGAAGUUCUGAAAUUAGCCGCUGGAGUAGAGUCGAGUACAAUCCAUCCAAUUGGUAAAGCAAUUGUUGAGGCUGCAAAAACUUUAAAGUGUCCAAAUGUGAAGGCAGUGGAAGGAACAUUCACCGAGGAACCAGGUUCUGGUGCGGUAGCAACUAUUGACGAGAAAAAGGUCGCUGUCGGCACACUUGACUGGGUCCAAAGGCAUGGAGUAGUUGGUGGCAGUCCAUUCCAAGAAAUUGAGGAGUUCAAAAAUCAAUCAGUUGUUUAUGUUGGAGUAGACGGUAUUCUUGCCGGGGUUAUAUAUGUUGAGGAUCAAAUCAGAGAAGAUGCCCCACAAGUCAUUGAAUCAUUGACCCGUCAAGGAAUUAGUACCUAUUUGCUUUCUGGUGAUAAAAGAAGUGCUGCCGAAUAUGUUGCAUCUGCUGUGGGGAUCCCAAAGGAAAGGGUUCUGUAUGGGGUCAAACCCGACGAGAAAAAGAAGUUCAUUAGCAGACUUCAGGAGGGUCAGAAUAUUGUAGCUAUGGUUGGUGAUGGAAUCAAUGAUGCAGCGGCCUUGGCUUCGUCACAUGUUGGAGUUGCUAUUGGGGGAGGUUUGCUAGACGCCCUGGAGCUGAGUAGAGUUACCAUGAAAACUGUGAAGCAAAAUCUUUGGUGGGCCUUUGCGUACAACAUCAUUGGUAUUCCGGUAGCAGCUGGAACUUUGCUGCCUGUGACCGGGACAAUGCUGUCGCCCUCAAUUGCCGGUGCACUUAUGGGUUUGAGCUCCAUUGGUGUGAUGACAAAUUCGUUGCUUUUGAGACUGAAGUUCACUAUGGUACAGAAGAAUACAGUUGGAAAAUCGCUGUACAGUAAAGUCCCUUCAGACAUCGAGAAUCCCAGGAAUGAAGAUUGACAAAUUGAUGGUCAAUAAAGCCUUUCAGCAUUCAAAUGAUGGAUAAUUUUACAUGAGCCAAUCGGAGUUUUUAGUCAGAGAGUAUGACCAGUACUUCAGCAGAAGCACAUUUUUUUAUGGGCUCCAGAAGAGAAAUCAGUUAAAUGUGCUUUGCACAGGAUUGCACGUUGACCUUCACUGGUGAUUUUAAUGGAGCUUCACCGGUGAUGUUAAUAGUUUACAGGUCAUUACCACUGACUCCUUCAUAAAGGAAGUUGACAUCGUCUUGAUCCUUUGUUCCUGUCUGUCUUUGAAUAAUGAAAGGGGUUCGUGAGAUAAAAACUCCGAGUCUUCAACUUUGUUGCAUCAAAUUUGAUAAUUCGACCUACAUUAGGAGAUAAUAAAUGAAAAAAAAAAAAAAGAAAAUCCUUGA